AGGGUUUGUAUACAUGAACCAGUAUGGCGCGACUUCGAUAACCGAUCAUUUCUCAUUUUAUCCUCCGUCGACCCUUAGCAUUGCACGAGAAAACCCUAGUUUUCUACGAUGGUGAACUGGAGGAUUAGGCAAGAAUGGGAGGAAUACGAUCUCCAAAGCUCAUACGCUGACAAUCCAUGUAUGUUCUCGAUACGAUUGAACUAUGGUGGAGUUUUUACGAAGUUUCCAGGCCGCAAAUACAUAAAGGGGAAGAUGAAAUAUAUUGAUGGCAUUGAUAGUGACUUGUUCUCGGUGCAUGAUAUGGACGAGAUAAUGGAAUUGCUUGAUUGUGUGGAACCAGGUAAAAGUAUUUAUUAUCAUUUCAAACGACCAACCUGGGAUUUAGAUUUUGGGUUGUAUGCUUUGGGUUGUGACGAAGAUAUAAACCACUUUAGGUCAUACGUGUAUGAACACAAGGUGAUAGAAGUGUAUACAGAGUUUUGGGAAACCAAGCUGCAUACGUAUCAAAUGUCCCCAAACCCUGCAAAGAUAAAGAUACACGAAAUUCCUGAGUCCCUUUGUCGUAAAAGCUUGUUAUUGACAUGGUCAAAUUCAGGGGAUUGUCCUAGUGAAGAAGCCCCUGUUUUUGAGAAUGUAGAAACUAUGGACGAACCCCCUAGUACAUUACUUGAAACAACCUUGGAACAACCCCUUGUUACAUUGAGUGAAACAGUUGAGUCAACCCCUGCCUAUAUACCAAGAAUUGAAAGCCCUUUGACUGAACCAAUGAUAGGAAGCACAUGUCCUAAUGUUGAUGGUUGGGAUGAUACAUUUGAAUGGUGUGAACCUUUUGGUGGGACUCCUAUGGAACAAGAUGAACCAAAUAGUGAAAAAGCAGGUGAAGACAGUCAAGCUAGUAAAGACAGUCAUGAUAGUGAUGACACUGAAGAUAGUGAAUACAGUCAAGAUAGUGAUUACAUAGUUGAUGAAGAUAAUUUGUUAGAUGAUCCAGAGGUUGAUAUGAAGAACUUUCACCUCAACAUUGACAAAGAGGUGGAGUGGGUUGGAAGUUUUCCUGAUGAUCGAGAUGAAGCAGUAGAAGGUGAUGAAGAAUUAGAGGUUAUAAACACUGAAGAAUUUGUAUCUGCAUCUUCAUCAGAUGAGGGUGAAGCUAGUAAAAAAAGGAAGAAGAUAAGAGAUUUACGAAGAGCACAUAAGAAUGAAGCAGCUGCUGUCAAAGAUCCAUUUUACAUCCACCAGACUUUUAGCACAGCCAAGGAAGUUAAACAACAAAUUUAUCUUCAUUCCAUACAGAGUAGAAGGGAGUUAGACUUCGUCAAGAAUGACAAAAAUAGGAUUAGAGUGGUUUGCAAAGGGACAAUACCAAACCUUGGGAUAUUAGAAACAGCAGGGAAAAGAUAUUUACUAGGGCUUGAUGGUGCAUUCAUGAAGGGUCCAUACCAUGGUAUGAUCCUGACAGCAGUGGGUUUAGAUGGGAACAAUUGCACAUACCCUUUGGCAUAUGCAGUUGUUGAAGCAGAGAACUUUAAUUCAUGGACCUGGUUUUUAAUUAACUUAGGAGAUGAUCUUGGUUUGUAUGCAAACUCCAACUUCACUUUCAUAUCAGAUAGACAGAAGGGGUUAUUGCCUGCACUUGAGAAACUUUUCCCAGCAGCAGAGCAUAGAUAUUGCCUAAGGCAUCUUCAUGAGAACAUGAAACGUAAAUGGAGGGGCAAGGAAUUCAAGGAUUGUCUUUGGAAAUGUGCAACAUGUACCACCAUACCACAAUUCAACAGUGCCAUGGAAGAACUAAAGAAACUUAACAGUGAAACAUAUGAUUGGCUUAAUUCUAUUCCACCUAAGCACUGGUCCAGAUCCCACUUCUUAGGGAGGGCACAUUGUGAUGCUUUGUUGAAUAAUAUGUGUGAGAGAUUGAAUAGCAAGAUAGUGAAGGGUCGUGAUAAGCCAAUUAUCAGUUGCUUGGAGUUUAUUAGGGAGUAUAUCAUGAGGAAAAUUGUCAUGGUUCAAAAAGAAAUUGAUAAAGCUAAUGGCCCAUUAACUCCUACAGCCACUAAGACCCUUGAAAAAAUUAAAGAAAGGGCAGUACAGUGUAGGGCAGUGUUCUGUGGCAAUGGGAAGUACCAGGUUACAAGUGAAGGUACUAAUCAGUAUGUGGUUAAUAUGGACCAACAAACUUGUUCAUGUAAUAGGUGGGAACUGACAGGCAUACCCUGCAAACAUAGUAUAGCAGCUAUAUGGGAUAUGAGGCUCAACAAUGAAAAUGUUGGAAUACCUGAGACAUGGGUACACCCAACUUAUUGGCUCAAGACUUGGAAAGAAAUGUAUGUAUUCAAAGUUGAACCUAUUAAUGGGAGGUUAUUGUGGGAAAAAAGCACAUGUCCUACCAAGUUGAUACCACCAAAGUAUCGUGUCCCUAUUGGCAGACCAAAAAAAAAGAGAAGAAGAUCUGCAACAGAAGAUGAUGGAGUGUCCACAAAAUGGAAAUCUGUAACAUGCACAAAAUGUGGAAAUGUGGGCCAUAAUGGAAGGACCUGCAAGGGACAAUCACAGACUGGGAAUGGAACAGGAGAAGGUGCAGCAGGGAAUACAACAGGAGAAGGUGCAGCAGGUAGCACUGGUGGUGUACAAAAUGGAGUAGGAAACAAAGGAAAAAGCCCCAUGCUUUGAGAAUUUGUAGUUUGGUAUCAUGAUUACUUUGUUGUUAUGUUUUGUAUUUUGAUACUUUGUUGCUGUCUAGGAUAACUAUUUGUAUGCCA